AAGACGUGCGCUUUCUAGGGUUCACAGAUAGUCCGUCCCUUUGCUGCUGCAUUUUGGUGGAGGCUUCAGUUGAUUUCCUACCUCUCCUCAAUUUUCUUCGAGCACCUAUGAUUAUCCCAGAGAAGAACCGGAGAGAGAUCUCCAAGUACCUCUUCCAAGAGGGAGUAUGCUUUGCAAAGAAAGACUACAACUUGGCAAAGCAUCCGAAUAUCGAUGUGCCGAACCUACAGGUGAUAAAAUUGAUGCAGAGUUUCAAGUCGAAGGAAUACGUGCGUGAGACCUUUGCUUGGAUGCACUACUAUUGGUAUCUGACCAAUGACGGCAUUGAGUUCCUCAGGACUUACCUCAAUCUUCCUUCCGAAAUUGUCCCAGCUACUCUCAAGAAGUCUGCUAAGCCUCUUGGUCGUCCCAUGGGUGGCCCUCCUGGCGACCGUCCCCGUGGACCACCUAGGUUUGAGGGAGAUAGGCCAAGGUUUGGUGACAGGGAAGGUUAUCGUGCUGGUCCAAGAGGUCCACCUGGUGAGUUUGGAGGCGAGAAGGGUGGAGCUCCAGCUGACUACCAGCCUGCAUUCAGGGGUGGUGGUGGAAGACCUGGAUUCGGACGUGGGGCUGGAGGUUUCGGUGGUGCACCCCCUAGCUCAAGCUUCUCUUAGAUUGAUCAUAUCUUUAUUGUAGCUAGUUUUUAUGCAAUUUUGAUAAUCACAUGCUGGAAUUGACUUGCAGCAGUCGGAAGCACUUUGUUCAAUUGGGCAUAAACUUCUUUAUUGGAUUUUUAGAGAACUAAUUUUGCAUGUAUUGUUUAUGUUUGGUGUGAGAAAUAUUAGUAAUAUAUGUUUUUUCAGAGUAAUUUAACUAUUCUUCUCCGAAAA